UGCGGGGGCUGCGGGGGCCGUGGGGGCAGUGAGAGCCGAGCUGAAGGACCGGGUCCCCUCGGUGUGAGUGGAAAUGACCGCGAGAUGACUCACCAGUGGCUUGGACAUACAUGAUUUGACGGAAGAUGAGGCUUGCUCAGUUUGUCCGACCUGUCAUUGCUCACGAUCACCACUGUAGUCACCUCAUUUGUAGAGAUAGCAAACUAUAGUGAAUCAUGAUUCUUUUUUGCACAUUGCAUACACUAAACUAGCUGGUGACAUAAACCAUCUUUUGAUUUACUUUGAAUGGAUUUCAGUUAAUCAGCAGCAUUGACGAUGUCACUGGGCGAGCAGUCUCAGAAGUGGUUUCCAACCCAUGUCCAAGCCACUGUUCUUCAAGCAAGCGGUUUACAGCCCAAGGGCAAAAAUGGCACCAACGAUGCCUACACCAUCAUUCAGCUGGGCAAGGAGAAGUAUUCGACGUCGGUGGCAGAGAAGACGCUCAGCCCCGUCUGGAGAGAAGAAGCCUCCUUUGAACUGCCCGGUCUACUUUUGGAGGGCAACCCGGAAGUGUAUGAACUCUGCUUCAUAGUGAUGCAUCGCUCCUUAGUCGGGAUGGACAAGUUCCUGGGCCAGAAGUGCAUCAACCUGAAUGUAAUUUUUGAUAACAAAGAAAGAAAGAAAACAGACUGGUACUCCUUGGAGUCCAAGCCGGGGAAGAAGAGGAAGGAGCGGGGUCGCAUCCAGGUGGGCAUCCAGUUCAUGAGGAACAACAUGACGGCCAGCAUGUUCGACCUGUCCAUGAAGGAGAAGCCCCGCUCGCCCUUCUCCAAGCUCAAGGACAAGAUGAAGGGUCGCAAGAACGACGCCGGCUUCGGCGACACGUCGUCCGCCAUCUUGCCCCGCUCCGCCGUGUGCGACUCCGAGCCCAGCCGUCAGCCCGCCGCUGCGGAGCCGCAGCCGCAGCCCGAGGCCAAGGCCAAGAGGUCGCUGCUGCCCGGCGCCCACAAACUCUCCGCCGCCCAUUCCAUGUCCGACCUCAUCGGGACGCACUUCCGGCCCAAGCUGGACUCCAUGAACUCCAUCGACGAGAGCGGUGGCCCUCACAGGCGUUCCCAGAGCGGCGUGCCAGGCUACCAGGACGGCGAAGCACACAGUGACCCUUUCACUGAUAUCAGUGACACCCUGCCACAGAAGUAUGCCACGCUCCCACGCAACCGCAACCCCUUCGAGGGCGAGCCCGGCCAGCUGUGGGACCGGAAGGAGAAGAAGGAGAAGGUCAGCCUCCUGGAACGAGUGACGGGGAAGAAGGACGGCCGCAAGGCCAGCAACGGCGGGGCGCGCUCGGGGAGCUCCGGAGACCUGCGCUCGCCGAACCCCUUCAGCGGAGACGCCCAAGCAAACACCAACCCCUUCAGCUCCAGCUAUAAAGCCAGUGAUAAAAAGCAGACUGGAUUUGACAUCGCCACCUUGGGGCAGAAGAAGAAGGACAACGCCGGCAAGAAAAAGGACGCCUCGCAGGAGAGCGCGGCGGCGUACAGGAACCUGUCGUUCGAGGAGGUGGUGCAGGAGCUCAUCAAGCAGAAGGAGGUGGUGAAGAAGAAGGACGCCCACAUCAGGGAGCUGGAGGACUACAUCGACAACCUCCUGGUGCGCGUCAUGGAGGAGACGCCGAGCAUCCUGCGGACGCCCUAUGAGCCAAAUAAGAAGGCCGGUAAACUUUCCAAGAAGUAGACGGAUGGUAGAAGCUCCCGUGUGGAGCUGCAGCCCGUGUCUCAGCAUCAUGAGGGGGAACAAGUGGGGUAGUCCCAAUUUACAAAUCAAUCAUUUUUUUACUCGACAGACGAUGUUUUAAUGGACUUUUUCUAAUGUUUUGGUUGCUUACGGCAUGCAGGAUUUUGCCCUCUGUUGUUUCUUUUUUUUUUUUUUUUUUUUGCAUCACAUUAUUUCUGUUUUAAGACGACUUCAUGAUUCCACGCUGUGGCGCGUUUUCAAACUAAAGCAGACGACCGUUAUUUGUCAGCUGAUCCGAGACAAACGAAGGCCGUAUUCCUGAGCGGGGAUUGCGUAUUUUCGCCGCGUUCGUCUGCCGCACAUGCCGCUGCCAUCUCUCCUCCUCUUCUUCGUCUGCAGAGGAGCUUUUUCACAACGCUGCCAAGUGUGUGUGUGUGUGUGUGUGUGUUUACCAGACACUCUGGUUGCAGCUGUUUGCUGAACGGCGGUCAAGAUGAAGCUGUGCUUACUGUGUUUACAAUGAAGAAGAACAAGGCUUUAAAGUUGCCACCAAAUGUAAGGUACAUGUUAAACAGAGGAAGUGCCAGUUUCUCUCUCUCUCUCUCUCUCGCUCUCUCUGUCUCUCUCUCUCGGCCAUUUCUCUGCACUUAUGGAAGGAUUCAGUAAUUCAAAGGUAUUCUUAGAAAGGCAAGAGGAGAUUAAAUUCUAGGUAGCUGUAUGUGGGUGUCUGAUCUUCUCUAACUACAGACCGUGCGUUCCUUUAUUGACUUCUUUUUAUUUGACGUGUGAUGACGAUCGUUUAAAUUUUUUUUUCCUCUCAAGUCGCUCACUGGAGUUGCUCGUUUUCACAGAAUUUUAAGUGCAAUAAUCACAGUUUUAACGUGACGUUCUGCUGGUAGUGCUCUUGUUUACAUUUUACUACAAUCUCUGAGUGAAACUCAUCUCUUGAUGCUGGUUUGAUUGCUGGAAAAAAAGCUUAGAUUUCUGUUUAUAUAUAUUUUUUUUCUUUUUUUAAAGCUUUGUCUGAUUGACCAACUCGCAUCUCUUUGAAAUUGCAGCUUCCUGCUGAUGAUUGUAUUACCGGUACCGAGCUGCACGCGUGGAUCAGCUCUGAACAGUCUGUAUUUAUAAAUGUCAUGCAUCUGUUUGGUACAACUAGUAGAACCUGCGACUGUGUCCAGUUUCCCCGCCCCUCCCCAGCUUUAUUGAUUACUCAGUAUUUCUGUGUUCUGAUCAGGACGUCACCCUGUUCUGUAUUUCUGGAGCUCCUUUCUCGCUUUAAAGCAGUCCGAACACUAAAAUAUCGUCUACGCCGUGUGCUUCAAUAACCCCCGAGUGCCAACGAGAAUCCAUUAAAAGCUGAGGAAUGUAAACAACCAGAGAUUCACACAGAACAGUGUGACGCUAAACGUCCUCGUUUCGCUGCUUCCUCAGUCGGUGACGAUCAGGUCAGGAGAACAUACGUUGUUUCUGUGUCACACACACCUCCUCCUCUCUGGGAACAAAUGAUUUAAGGCGCGGCCGCUGGUAUCAACGUGAUUAAAAACGUUCUUAAACAUGGAGGUCCCUCGUCCGGGCCGCACUCUGUGCUCUCACACCUGCCAUCUUUAGUUUUCCGGGCAAAAACCAAGUAUGAAAGUAUGAUUUUUCUAUCGUGCCUGUUUGAUGCUCUCUCGUCAAUAACUGUUCUGUAUCCACCAGCGGCCUCAAACAGAAUGAAACUACGGCGCGACAAAAGAAAAACCCGGUAAAAUGAAGGAUUUCAUUCGACACAGAACUUUUCUCAGAAAGUUCCUUUCUCAUAAAGCAGCGCAGAGACACGUUCUGCUGGGCGAAGGAGCUUUUCACACAAUUAAAAUAAUGCAACGGAAAAUAAUUGAUGUUUAACUGCGUACAUACGGCUGCCUGGAAACCGUCAGAGCUCUACCUCAAAGAAGAAACGGCUUCAUCUUUUUCUACACGGCUCCAUCCGCUCAUCACAGAGACAAUCACACACACCUAUACGGUGACUUCCACACAACGUUUAGAGUCGUCGGUUAAAUCCGGCUGAGGGGAAACGGUACCAGGAGAAAACCCAGGGAGAACAUGCAAACUGCACACAGCCAAAUGAAUCAAUUGCAUAAACCGUGAAGCCAGUACAAGAUGAUCUUCCAGUCUGACGUGGAGUUACUGAACUGAUCUGACUGUGGAGGGCCGAAGGGCACCAACGUCUGAUUUUACAGUAUUAACGGUUUUAUUGUGAAGACGGCGAUCCAGCUCUUCCUCUUUCUGCGGUAGAUUUUAUCGAGAUGCUUCAGUCUUCUUAAGUAUUUGGUGCCGUUGGUUGUGGAGGUCAGACGACAGGUGAAACUUCUCUGUCUGUACUUUUCACCACGCUGACGUUCAGUCAUUCCUGCUGCUGAAAACAUCCUUUUUUUAAUAUUACUGGAAGGUGUGCGAUCUCUUUUUGAACUUGAAGCCAAUAAUCUUUAUGAAUGUAUUCUGCUUGGCUUUGAAAUAGUUCAUUCUGAAGAGGCAGGAUGAUUUACAGUCCACUAACAAGGCCACUGAUCCUCCUCUCCUUGCCUUUAAAGUAUUCGGUGUAUCCAAAGAGAUCAUUUCAUGGCUGUUGUUUUGGUUUAUUUUCCUCCUUUUCUUCCACUUUAUUUGGGCCAAACUCAGACCGUCAUCGUAAAGCAAGGGUUAUACUGUUGAUACAAGCGGUUUUGUGUGAUAAUGCCACACAGAUGCUGGGUGGAUUCCUUCGCAUUGGGGAGAAAAAAAAAAAAGGUUUUCUGAUUUGCAUAAUAUUCUACAAUGCCAAAAACGUCUGAACCUGUUUGACAUUGUGAGUGUUGUGCGAUGCUAAUUAGGAGGACGUGUGGACAGAAACCCGUCUUCCACGAGGGAAAACUCUCCUCACUUGAUGGCCUUUCUUAAAAUCAAGUGCAAACUCUGCGUCUUCACAUGCUGAACGUGGCCAGCUGCUCUGGUCGUCAUCCAGAUGUUUCUGUUCCUUUUGUACAUACUGUAAAGUCACUUUGUCGUGCUGUAAAAGAAAAAAGAAAAAAACGUGCUUCCUGAGGAUUUACUCCACCCGAGGUUCGAACAGUGACCUGAGGAGAAUCCCUCGCCGCCGCCGUCGUCGCUCGUUUGAGCUUCAUUAAACGGCUCCUAAUCGGCCGCGCUUCCCCGUGGCGGUGGAUCACGUCUCCUUUCUGCAGAACAAAGGUGUGGGCUUGUGGGAGUGGCAUUUUUGUGCGGGUCACGGUGUGCAGCAGGUGAUUUACACUCCCGCCCGCGACGCGCCCCGCCGCUCCGCCUAAAUUGAUGAAAACAACCGGCGAUAAGGCCUGGGAACGUCCUGUGUCGGCUGCGCCUGGAACCCGAGGUUGUUUGGUUCAAUUGAGAAGUGGGAGGGUGAGUAGUUGAAUAAAAUGAAUUUUGCCUGUCAUCCCCCCCCCCCCUUCAGCUUGAUUGAUACAUUUGUUUUAGGCUUUAGCAUAAUGCGGUGCUUUGCUAGAUGUCAUACUUUAAACACAAAUCUAAAUGAAAAGCAUUUUCAAGCCGUUUCCAGCACAGCGGUGUAACCAGAUGCACUGCAGGAG